GUCUUCUCCCACCUACCCAACGCCUGCAAUUGGCACCCUUGGCCAUUCCUCUCCCGCCACCCUGAACCCCCAUUCCCACCCCAUCCAGCCCCCACAGUAUUUUGCUAUAUUAUAUAUGAAUGCCCUUAUGAUAACAUUUUUUUCAGUUACUUAUCAAAUACAAAAAUAUAAGUAAGAAAGAAAAUAUUUUGCACUCAUCCCAAACACACCCAUAGUCCCUGGUUUAGUUCCUGAAUCUUACGAAACGGGUGAGGGUCCACAUAAACAACAUAUGUAGGUACUGUAUUCAUACUUUUCCCGUUCCUGUUGGUCCUAUAUUGGUCGGUACAAAACUUACAACUAAAAUUCAUGUGUGUACAUUUUACGGAGAUUUAGUACUCCAUAAUUUUCUAGAUUCCCAAGUAAUGAAUGCAUUAAAAUUGAUGAAUUAAUCCUUAACACCAUAUUGAUUGUGCAACCUCUACAUCAACUAGUAGAAUUUCUCAAUCGAUAUUUGAGAGCUUAGUGAUGGCGGGAAAGGAGAAAGAAGAGUCCGAAAAUCAGUUCGUAUGGGAUGAAACUUGUCAGCUUUACUACCAUGCCAGCACUGGAUUUUAUCACGAUCCUCAAGCAGGUUGGUACUACAGCUGUAAUGAUGGACUCUAUUAUAAAUUCGAAAAUGGUACUUAUCUUCCCAUCGAGUCCUUUCAGGAUGGAUGUGGUGAAAUGAAUAGUUGUGAGAGCAUUGCGCCUGCGGAGUCUAACAAAGAUGCAGACAUCAGUAUGUCAGGUGAAAAUGUGGCUCAAACAAUGGAACCACAUUCGACGGAGUUUUCUGAAGAGCAGUUGGAGGAUACAAAUUGCAAGCUUCCAGAAAACCCACCACCACCCUCAGAGUGGCUCGAAGAUACUCUCAUUGAACUUUAUCUGGCGAAUUACUCCACUCAAGCUACCAAUAGUACUUCUGACGUAACAGUGGCUCCAGAAAUAAAUGACACAGAUCACACACAUAUGUCAGCAGCUGGGAAUGGCAUCACAUAUGAACUCGAGGAAGGUGAAUGGAUACCAGAUGACUGGACAAAUUCUGCUGAUCCAAUUGCAAAUGACUGGACUGAUUCUGCUGAUCCAAUUGAUGAUGACAUGGAUGAAGGCAUUUGUUUAGAGGAAGAAAACUGGCGAGCUCAGUAUGGUCAAGUUGAACGACCAUUUGAAGAUUCUCUGUCACAUAUUCGGGCUGUUGAUUUGUGGGAUUGGUCGGUGGUUAAAAAGAUCAGAAAAGGUCGUCGAAAAAGAAGGGUGGCAAGGCUGGUAGGACGACUGGUGAAGCCUACUGCUAAGCUGCAUCCAUCAAUGCCCUCGAGUGGCCAUCUUCUUAAAACGGCUCCAGUAUGUGAAGUCCAUCUUGAUCUGGUACGAGUUUCAUCAGGUCAGGUGUACAGGUUGAGAAAUCCUAGCACAAAAUAUUUGGCUUCUUUGUCUAAUUAUGAUUCUUCCAAUCCAACGAAAGAUUGGCGCUUUCCGCAAAUGUCAAUCAACAGAGAAACCCAGACGUGCUCACCAGUCACUGAAAGAGAUAAACCCAUAAGCAUUGGACUCCCUGGAGAGGAGGAUGUGUCUCUGCCACUGGAGAUCAGUGCGCCUGAAAGGGACAGAGACCGUAUGUACAGGGAUAGAGCUGCAGAAAGAAGAGCAUUGCACGGCAGUUUUGGUGUUGGUCCAGGGCAAAAAAUUUCACCUAACUCUGGUGAUUCUGUUCCUUUGGAUGCAACUGCUGGUCCAGAGGAAGCCCUUUCUGAAUCCUUGAGCAAUUCGUUUGGAGCUGGUAGCUAUGCCAGAAGAAUCUUGGAAAACAUGGGCUGGAAGGAGGGGGAGACACUUGGCUGCAGCAACAAGGGAUUGAUUGAACCAUUGCAGGCUACGGGAAACAAAGGUUCUGCCGGACUGGGCUGGAACGAUGAAAGAAGAAAGCAGACCAUGUACAGUUCUAAAUAAAUGGGGAAUGUAAUUCCUCUUGUUGGCUGUCUGAUAUAACCUAGCUUCACUUGUCUGCUCAAUCAGCUUAGUUUACUAUUGUUGCCUUUUUACUGGUCACAUAUCUGCUUCGAUAUUUUAUAGAACACCAUAUGGUUAAAGUACAA